UCGCCGCACGGACUAACUUAAUGCGAGCAAGUGUUAGCGUCGCCCUCGUGUAUCUCCGUGCUAAAAAUAAUCCCACCGCGGAUCUCUCUCGCUCUUCCCCGGUUUUGUCGUCGUCGCACCUUUAAGAAUUACCCUGGCCACGAGUCCAUCGAGAAUCUGUCAGAUCGUUUCCGCUUAAUUCGGUGAAAAUCGGUCGGUAAAACAGGUCCGUUCGGGCGGUCAAGGAUCGAGCGAAUCGCGGGCGUCCUGUUCGGUGUGAAUUUCGCGCGUAGUGCGCAGACGAGCUGCGUAGCAGGUUGCGAGGACGUACUCCUUUCCUAUGAAGACAACCGGGUGCGACGAGAUAGUCCCUGAGAAAACUCCGCUGAGGUGGUUCCUUGAUUUCCACGGUUUCGGGAGAGUUUAUCUCGAGUUCCUGGCGGACGCACCCGAGCCAGAGGCACCAUGAGCUUCGGCCAGAUAAGAAUGACAUUGGGAAGAUAAGCAUUCAGAGGCAUGGAACGCUUCCAUCAUAUGCAGGAUGGCAAUAUAAACAUAAGCGAUGUCAUCGAGGUCAUUCAAACGACAGAUCCUGGAUUCGCGGAGUGUAACGGAAGUGAAGAGCAAGAUAUAGUGGACAUGAUUUCUGGAGGUGGAAUGGAGCCCCUGAAGCCAAUCGCCUCCAGUGGCUCGAGAACUUAUCCCUAUGUUGAAAUCCUUGAACAACCGGCAAGUAAAGCUCUUCGCUUUCGCUAUGAGUGCGAGGGUCGUUCGGCAGGAAGCAUACCUGGCGUCAACAGUACUCCUGAGAAUAAAACUUUUCCAAGUAUACGAAUAAUUGGGUACAAGGGUCGAGCUGUGGUAGUGGUAUCAUGCGUGACCAAGGACCUGCCGCAUAGACCUCAUCCUCACAAUCUCGUUGGCAAAGAAGGUUGCAAACGAGGUGUUUGUACCGUCGAGAUAGCCUCGGAGAACAUGACUGUGACCUUCGCCAAUCUUGGCAUACAGUGUGUCAAAAAGAAAGAUAUCGAGGAUGCUCUUAGAGUUAGAGAAGAAAUUCGUGUGGAUCCUUUUCGAACUGGUUUCGAACACAAAAGGCAGCCAACCAGCAUAGACCUGAAUGCAGUGAGACUGUGUUUCCAAGUUUUUCUGGAGGGAACGGAGAAGGGAAAGUUUACGGUUCCUCUAACACCUGUCGUCUCAGAUCCCAUUUACGAUAAAAAGGCGAUGUCGGAUUUGGUGAUAUGUAAGCUCAGCACGUGCAGCGCAUCGGUCGCCGGGGGUACAGAGAUGAUUCUUCUCUGCGAAAAGGUGGCAAAGGAGGACAUCCAGGUUCGAUUUUUCGAGGAAAGAGACGGCCAAGUAAUCUGGGAGGGAUUCGGCGACUUCCAGCCCACGCACGUCCAUAAGCAGGUAGCGAUCGCCUUCAGGACGCCGACCUACAGGAUGCAGCAGGUGGACCAUCCAGUGCAGGUGUACAUCCAUCUGCGAAGGCCUUCGGACGGAGCCACGAGCGAGCCGUUGCCGUUCCAGCUGUUGCCGAUGGGUUCAGAUGAUCCCGAUUCGUUAAGGCGAAAGAGGCAAAAGUUUAAUAAGAGCCCGAACGCGCUUGUUUUGAGACAUGUACAAGCGGAAGCUGAGAAACAUCAAGCGUUAUUGAAUGCUCCGGUUCAAUACAACUUCCGUCUUGUGAAGCCGGAACCCAUGGAGAGAGUUUCACCUUACGGAGGAGGCAUCGCAGCAGGUGGAGCAUCUCCUUUAUAUCCAAUAGCAACUACUUCUCCGCAGCCUUCUUCCAGCAUGCAGACUCUUAGGCCACAGUCCUCUCCAGGUCGUACCCCAUCUCCAAUGGAAUACACUUCAUACAACAUCCCUCUGCAGCAGCAGAAUUUACCUUUCCAGCACCUUCCUACCUCUCAGUCGCUGACUUUGCCAUCGACGAGUACUCAACAUCCUCAACUGUCAUACAUUCCUCAACAGUCGCAGUCCAUCGAACAGAUGGGGCUCAACAGGGUAUCGAGUGCUCAACAUGCUGCCUUUCAGCCACUGAAUCCUGGCCGAGCCGAGGGUGCAACAGCUGACGUUGGCGUGUUGGGUUUGGACAACCAACAAUACAAUUUCGACAUGAGUCUCAAUCCCCUGGACUCCGCAGAGUUAAGGGAGUUAGCUCUCUUCGGUACAGCUCUCUCGGAGAAUCUCUCCAGUGGUCUCUCUAUAUCCGAUCCUGUCAAGCCGGAGCAAGGUCGAGAGGCGGCCGAAAGCAACACAGGCGGUAACGAGAUGAGCGAUAGCUUCCUCAAACUGACUAACACGACGAUACAAGAGUUGUGCACGCUGAAUAACAUUUACAAGCCAGCAGGUGACCGUGUCGGUUAAAUCGGAGUACUGUUUAAGGUACAUUUAAGACCGACGUGUGCAAUACGUGUAAUGUAAGGAAAGAGUGAUAUUAUCGUAAGCGGUGCUCAAGAGUAUCGUUUGCCAAUUUAUGCGGUGAUUUACGGAAACCCUCUCGACGGAGUUCUUAACGUACUUUCCCUGGAACAAGAAAUACAAUGGAAACUCAGAGUCCAGAGGGCUUCCCUAACACUCGCCAUUUGUAUUUAUAAGGUAGAAGAUAAAGAAAAUGGUACUUUUAAGGGUUUCUUGAAUGACCACUAACUUCUUUGUAAAUACUGUGACUAAAGGGAUGAAUGAAAUAGUCUAAUACAAUUUGAUUCCGAGAAUUAUACGUACAGUUAGCGAUACUCUAUCGUUGAACGACACCGAAAAGGGGAUUAAUGUUUCGAAGACGACGAAACUUCUCAAAAUUUCGGAGUAUGUCGGAACUGCGUUAUUCGGAAAAUACUCGUUGACUUUCUUUUAUCAUUAGACGACAAAGUAUGUGACCUGCAUAUGAAAUGUUAUGCAACUUAAACGAAUAAGCGAGGUAGAACGAGGCGUACGUGGUAUAUGAAAGAGAGACUACAAUGCCCACAUUUAUUGUGCAAUAUUCGAAAUGAGUCUGUAAAUACGAAAGGAAAUGUUGGGUUAUCGUUACUGGAUCAUUUUUCCAAAUGUAUGUGCAAAUCAUUUAUAGGGGAAACCGCGAGAUAUAUUUACGUUACGUUGAACACUAUUUUCUUUUUGUUACACUAUUUGUUUAGUACAGUCAUGGCUUUGGAAUUAAGAAUCAUUAGGAAUAAAUUGAUGUGAGAUUUGGUGCCUUGAAGUGUUGUAAAUCUAUUAGAGAUAUUAAAAAUAUUUAUGGCCACUUCGAUCAGAUCGCUGCCCUCGAAGCAACUAUCCGUUAUUUCGGCGUUUCGCGAGUAACACUUCUCUCUAUAGUAAUGUAUUUAUACGAGAAACUGUAAAAUUACAGGUAGAGAACAUUGUACAGAACCCAAUCCGAUGAACAAAACUACGGAUUAAGGUCUUAUCAUGUAAAGUAUCAAUGUAAAGAGAUUAAUUAGACCGAUCGAGUCUCACAUUGGCUGUUAACCGUCGGUUAAGAAAUAAUUCCACUCGUUUUCACCGAAGUACCGUAUAAGACCAGAAAGAUGUUACCAGUACGCAAAUGAUAGUCACGAAAGGUUUCCUCUUCGUUCACGGUUUCUGACUUAAAAGUAAAGAGGGAACCUUUCCCAAUUUCUACAUUCUAGCCAUAUUUCCAAGGUUACCGCGAUUAACAAAACCUCUGGUUAACCCGCAGGGACUAUAACUUUGUUAUCGGUGCUACCUCGAACCUAUUGUUAUAUCACAAACUACAAUUCGGAUAAGUAUAAUGCCGAUAUAAAUUGUUACUACAUUUUAAGGCCUAGAUAAGCGAAGGUCGCAUCGCAGGUUGCGAUUAAAAAUGCUUGAAAAGUCA